ACGACAUGAGUCAGAUGAUCUCGGCGGCUUUGUAAAUAGACAUCAGUCGUUCACUGUAGCCAUGCCUUCAUGGGCUCUUUAAAUCCCCCCAGCUGAGCAGAUCCUUCAGCUCGGACUCUGUGCUGCUUCACAGCUUCUCUCGGGCCUGUCUGCGGUUCGCCGAAGUGUUUCUGAAACAUGUACCGGUCUCUGUACGCCUUCCGAUCGUCCGAGCCCAACUCGCUGCACUUCGCGGCCGGAGAGAGCUUUCUAAUCCUGGAGAGGAGCAACAAACACUGGUGGCUGGGGUCCCGCUGCAGCUCGGGGGAAACCGGCUACAUCCCGGCCUCUUACAUCGAAAAACUGCAGGCUCCAGAGCAAGACGAGGUGCUGCAGUCCAUCGACCGAGCGAUCGAAGGCAUCCACAACGUGGCCUUAAAGAACGGAGGCAAAUACAACCUGGAACAACGAGAUGUCCUGCAAAAGCUGAUCCACCACAGAAAGGAGACCCUCGCCCGGCGAAGUUCCUCCUCCGCCGGACACAGACUUCCAUCUUCCAACAGUGAAAUCUCCCUGAGUCAAACCCCUCCGCCCGCCAACGGCCUCAACCAGAACUACGGGAGGCAGGGGAGUGUGCCGUUAUCGGGGAGCAUGGACAGCAUGCAGGGAGAGCCAGGCCUCUACCAGGUGCCGCCUCAGCCCCGGCGCGCUGCUCCUAUCACUCCUCCUCCCCCUGAGAAGCAGAGAAACAACCGGCGUCCAGAGCCGGACGUCCCCUCCAGGGUCUCCUCUCUUCCUGGGUCCCCCGCUCCCUCCCUGACUAUCAGCACCACCUCCCCGGAGUCUGCCUCCUCCUCCCGCUCCUCUUUGGCCACCUCCGACAUCAGUCUGCCGAGCACCUCCAGCACCCCUCCUCCGCCUGUGCCGUCCCGCGUGAAGCCCCCCGCCCCGGCCACGGACGGGCAGCCGUCCGCCUCUCCUGCCAUGCCGGCUCCUGGGAAGAAAAGCCCGGCGCCGCAGCCUCCCCUGCCCUCCGACACCACCCGCCCCGGCGCUGCUCCUGUCCAGCUCCCCGUGGAGGACCCACCGGGGCCCGAAUGGCCGGUCGCCCCGCCGUCUGUCGCCGAAAGCCCCCCCGGCAGCCCCUCCGCCUCUGGGCCGGUUCCCACAACGGUGGGAGCCGAGCUGAUCGAGCUGGUGCGGAAGAACACGGGCCUGAGCUUCGAGCUCUCCCGGGUGGCCGUGGGCGUGGUGGUGGGCCACCUGCAGACCGCUCUGCCUCAGGCCGCCUCCGCUUUGGAGCAGGUUCUUCUGUCGCUGGUGCAGAGCACGGACUUAAAGGCAGGGCUGCCGCAGGGUCAGGUGUGUCAUGACGAGCAGCGCCUGGAGGUGAUCUUCAGUGACCUCGCCCGUCACUGUGACGACUCCCAGCAACGCAGCUGGGCGCUGCACGAGGACCACGCCCUCAUCGCCUGCUACCUGGAGGAGCUGCUAAAGAUACUGACUGAUGCAGAUCCAGAGGUUUGCAAGAGGAUGUGCAAGUCCAACAACCACGAGAACGUGCUGUCACUGGUUUCAUAUUAUCAGAUGGAGCUUCGAGUCACUCUGCGGCUGCUUCUGCUCAAAGUGUUCGGGGCGAUGUGCAGCCUGGACGCGGCUCUCAUCUCCACGCUGCUAAACUCCAUCCUGCCCAUGGAGCUGGCCCGGGACCUCCAGACGGACACGCAGGAACACCAGAAGAUGUGCUACACCGCUUUGGUUCUAACUAUGAUGUUCUCAAUGGGAGAGCAGGUGCCAUAUCACCACUACGAGCACCUUAACGCUGAAUUUGUCCGCUUUCUGCUGGGUGUGGUGGAGGACGGGCUUCCCUCUGAUCCCACUGAGCAGCUGCCAGACAUCUUCCUGAACCUCCUGCUGGCCUUCAACCUGCACCACACAGCACCGAGCAACAACGCAAUAAUGCAGGAGCUAAAGCAAAAAAACGUCAAGGUCCUGACUGAGAAAGUGCUGCUGCUCCUGAACAGAGGAGAGGAUCCAGUGUGCAUGUUCAAGCACACGCCACCCGCUCCUCACUCUGUGCUCAAGUUCCUGCAGGACGUCUUUUCCAGCCGAGACACCGCCAACAUCUUCUAUCGCACUGACAUGAUGGUGAUGAUCGACAUCGCCGUCCGACAAAUUUCCGACCUGUCCCCCGGAGACAAGCUGCGGAUGGAGUACCUCUCCCUCAUGCACUCCAUAAUGAGCUCCACAGACUACCUGGAGCACCGGCACCGCCUGUCUGACCUGCAGGGAUCGCUGAAGAGGAUUCUCAGGGAGGAGGAAGACCCAGGAGAGGAAGAAGGGAGCGCCACAGCAAAACAGAUGGAUAAGCUAAUUGUGCAGCAGAUCUUCAAGGAGUUCCCGCAGAUCUGCGACAACCUGAACUGACUCACGUUUACGUCGUGCACAAUCACACGCUGUAGUUUCACUCCCGUCUGCUGAAAGGGUGUGGGGGGGGGGGCUUUAAAACUGACGGUUUCUGCACCAGCUGAGGGGGAAAACAAUAACAACAAGGCUCUCCAGGGCUGCGCUGUGCAUGUUCCCACUCUUCUCAAGCAGUUAAUUGAAAUGAUAAUAAGAUAUUUCUUUAGUGUUUUUAAGAAUAGUGAAAAUAUAAAAAAAACUCAAAGUACAGAAGAGUUUGCUUUAAAAUAACAGUUAACCAAAAUAAAUACCAAGCAGCUCCUGGAGUCAAUUUAAAGCAAUAAAAAAUGGGGUCUCACAUGGACUAACUGCACGUGCUUCAUCGUCUAAAAUUUACUCCAAUCACAGCGGAGUCUCGUUCUAACCAAAUAGAUUUCAGAGGAAGUACGAGACAAAUCUGUACUUUACAUCAGUGCCAUUACUUCAACGCAGAGAGAAAAACGUUUGUGAGCUUCCCUUCGUAGAGGGACCAAACUACUGUGUUUCAGAGAGUAUUACUUUUCUUAAGUGGUAGCUGCACUCUUACCCCUGACUUCCUGUGCCAUAAAACUUCUCAAUAUUAAAACUUAAAGCAAGGUGAGCAGGUUUACUUCCUUACCUAGAAAAGCUAAGCACACUCAUUUCUACCGACUUCGUAGUUGAGUUUUGCUGCUUGUGCUGCUCUGAACUCUCUGCUGCAUCCAUCAGCUGGCUUCCGUAUCUCUUCUACAAUAUUUACUGUUUUCUCAAAAUGCAAAGCCUUGUAAGACUGAGAAAUUACCCUUCACAGAUUUAGACAAACCGUGCUGAAUUGAGGCUGUAUGCGAGAUAUGACGUACCUUUUCAGGUAUAAUCUUGUGCGGCGGCUGAAUGAAGAAUACGAUAAAAGAUGAAAACAAGGCAUUUUAAUGAUCUCACUUUUGUUUUUAUGUUUCUUUUCUUUGUUUCUCGCAUCAAUGUUGUGACUGAUUUUCCUGUUUUUCACAUGUUAUUGUUGUUAGUUUCUUUGACUAAUGGUGUAUUUGUUUACAAUAUGUGUAAAGUGUGCGUUUGAGUGCUAAACAUAGUCAUGAUUGGCAUUGUCUGCAAAAAUGCUGCAACUGUGUAAUGAAACUAAUAAAGCUAUAUUUUAACAGUGA